AUGUCGACGACGACGGAGCUUGCAACCGGCAAAGCGGUGCGACUGGCAGCACGCAGCAAAAAGUUGAGGGGCCAAACGUCAGGUCUUGCGCCGUCAUACAUCCAAGCAAACCUGCUCGUGCUGCCCCAACGCUACGCAGACGACUUCCGCCUGCUCUGCGCGCGGAACCCCGUCCCGUGUCCUCUUUUGGCAGAGUCGGCCGCGCCCGGCAACUACAGGGAUCUCAAAUCACACAUGGUAGGGGCAGCGGGCACCAAACUACAGGUCGCCGAGGACGUGGACCUCAGGCACGACUUUCCAGCCUACAGGGUCUACACGGACGGAGCACUCACGGCAGGCGGCGAGGGCGGCGGGGACGGGGCAGCAGGCGAAAAGACAGACAUCGAAGCCGAGUGGACGGGCGAGCACGUCGGGUUCCUGAUCGGGUGCUCCUUCUCGUUCGAGGCGGCGCUGGCGGCCGCGGGGCUCCCGGCGCGCCACACGCUGCAGGGCCGCAACGUGCCCAUGUACCGCACGACGGUGCCGCUCUGCAGCGCGGGCGCCUUUGCGGGCGCGACCAUGGUGGUGUCGAUGCGGCCGUACCGCGCGCUCUCGGAGCUGCCGCGCGUCCGCGACGUCACGCGGCGCUUCGGCGCGACGCACGGCGAGCCCGUGGCGUGGGGGUGGGACGGCGCCCGGGCGCUGGGCAUCCGGGACGUGGCGGGGCCCGAGUUUGGCGACGCGCCGCUGCGGGCCGAUGGAAGCGGGGAACGGUUUGGGCCCGGGGAGGAGGGGGGAGAAGAAAAAGAAGAAGCAGGAGACGAUCAGUACGUGCCUGUGUUUUGGGGCUGCGGCGUCACGCCCCAGGAGGCGGUGCGGCAGCCCCGGUUGAAGGGGACCGUCAUGGCGCACUCCCCCGGGUGUAUGGUCGUGCUGGAUCUGACGGAUCACGAGGUGUUUGCGGGGGUUGGGGCUGUGUGA